AAAAAUUUUUAUAAAUUUGGCAAUAAAUUGAGUUAAAAACCACAUUAACUAUGGAAAAUGGAGGAUUUGUUAUGGAGCUGGAGGAUUCCAAAAAAGCUGACAAGCAAACGGAGAGUGAUGUAGUGGCCUCCACCCCAACGCAUACCUUUGAGGAGGCCGUUAGUUUGGUGCCUGUGGGCAAAUUCCACUACUACAUGCUGCUGGUGGGUGGCCUAUGCUUUAUGACUGUGAUGGUUGAAGUCACCUGCGUCAGCAUUAUAUUGCCUUCCAUGAAAUGCGAUCUGGUAUCCACUGUGGCCGAACAGGGCAUGCUGGCCUCAUCCGGUUUUUUGGGCAUUGUUUUGAGCUCACAUGCCAUGGGAUUUUUUGCCGACACCUGGGGUCGCAUCAAGACCUUGCGAGCCGCCCUUGCAUUCGCCGCCAUAUCAAGUCUAAUAUCAGCAUUUUCAGUCAACAUUUGGAUGAUGAUAUUUUUCCGUUUUCUAACGGGCUUCCUAAUAUCGGGAGGUCAAGCCUGUGUUUUCAGUUUGACUGGAGAGUUUCAUGGCAAUAAGAGUAGAACGAAGCAUGUGACCUUGUUGUCGGGAUUUUUACCCUUAUCCAUCAUGUAUUUGCCAACUUUGGCCGCCUUUGUCUUGCCCAUUCGCAUUGAAACUGUCAUCUUUGGUAUGAAAUUCUCCUCAUGGCGUCUUUUACUCAUCUCCAAUUGUGUUCCCUCACUUUUGGCUCUAUUCGGUCUUUUCCUAAUGCCCGAGACACCCAAAUAUGUUUUAAUUCAAGGACAACAUGAUCGUGCCUUAGAGAUUUUACGAUGGAUGUUUGUUAAGAAUACCGGGAAACCGGUAUCCGAAUAUCCAGUGCGACACAUUACCAUCCAAAAUAAUGGUGCAAAUUUGGCCAAUAUCACUGGAAUUAAAGAUGCUGUCAAAUUGGUAUGGAACCAAACGGCACCAUUGUUCUAUCGCGAACGAUGUUUGCAUACCAUCAAUAUUUGCAUUAUACAAUUUGUGGUCCUGGGCAUAGCGCAGGGAAUAUUUAUGUGGUUCCCCACACUUUUGAAUGAAAUGGUUUCCACCAAGGACUUUCCUGUUGAUGUAUGCAAUACUUUGUCCAACAUGGAUCCCACCACAAAUCUACAUUCGGAUAUUUGUAAUGGCAUUGUGGAUUUAUUUCCAUUCAUGGUUAUCGCAGCGGUGGGUGGAGCCUUUACCUUCUUCUAUUUGUUCUUUUCAUUUACCAUUGAUAUGAUUGGAAAAAAGAAUUUGAUACUUACCUGGAUUAUUAUAGCCACCAUCUGUGUGGCUCUGCUCCAUUGGAUUACAAAUUUCUAUGUGAACAUUGUUCUGCUAACCUUCACCAUGAGUGUUGGCAAUGUCGGAGGUUUAAUUUCUACCAUCUCCAUGGAGUUCUUUCCCACCAACAUCAAUGCCAUGGGCAUGUGCUUUGUUAUGAUGAUGGGUCGCAUUGGUGCCGUGGUGGGCAGCAACGUCUUGGGCCUCUUGCUAUUCGAUUAUUGUGAACUAACAAUGUGGGUCAUAUUGGGCAUAUAUGCUGUGGUCUUCUUUAUGUCCUGCUUCCUGCCUGUAAGCAAAUACGAGCAACGAAAUAAAGUCGUACAUGCCACUUCAAAUUAGGCAAAACAUUUAAAGCUUUAAAGUUUCUAAAUUUUGGUACAAAUUAUACGAAAA